GAGAGGCAAAGUUAGUCAGCAAGUUGCAUAGCUAUCUGCAUUCUAAUUCUUCAAGCCUCUUUUGUAUGAAGUUUGGACAGAAUGUUUUUCACUGUGUUUGACCUGACUGGGAUGCUGGAGAAAACAAUGAAAGGAGCGGACAAAGCGAUUGUGGCAAAGUCCUUUGGAAAAUGGAAAAGCAGCUCUCAAAGGUCCAGGACCAUGGAGAAGCCGGAUGAGCCAUCCGAGGAGAGCAAGCAGAAGAGCCUUUCCAGCUGCACCUGUGAGUCCAUGCGAAAAGAGAAUGAAUUUCACACCCACAUCCUGAAACGUCAAGUCAACAAUUGUGCAAAUCUCGACCAAGGUGGAUUCCGUGGGCCUGGCAGCACGUUGUGUAUGUUGCCCGGAAAACUGCAAACAAAGAUGAAUUUGGAAGGAGAAGAUAACACAAUUCAAGCAUGCAAUGGUGGCAAAGUUCCAGCUGACUGCAUCACCCAGGCUCCCAGCCCCCACAACAGCACAUAUGGGUCUGUGGCUGCUAGGAAAAGGCUCGCCCGGGAAGGGGUGCAGGGCGCCCCCGUCAACAAGAGAAAGUCUCUCCUGAUGAGGCCCCGCCACUACAGUCCCAGGGAGGCGUACUGCGAGGAGGAGAACGAGGACCUGGCACCACCGCAGGACAAAGAAGAGCUGAGGAACAUUGACACUCCAGCAGAGGGAGCCCAGGAUACACUAAGCGAAGUGCCCAGAAGAAAUGGCUGCCAGGAUGCAAUAACAAAUACCCACGAUUCCUUUGGAUGGCCUGGAGUGGUGACGGAUGAUUUCCCCCAUGAUAAGGCUACAGUCUCAGCAUCACUGGGAGAUGAAGAUGCGGAGGAACGAGACCAACAACAAGAGGAGGAAGAAGACCAAAGUCAGGACAGGAUGAGUAUGACUUCCAGUUUGUCUCCACAUGACAGCCCGUACAGAGACAGCCUGGAAGCCGAGUGGGAGCCUCUGUCCCUGGCUCGUUCUGCUGGGGUCAAUGGCUCCGUCAGCAGCCCUUCCAAAGCCACCACCAUCGGGGGAGGAGACCUACCGGGCAGGCAUGACCACCGGCCCGUGAGAGAUGAUAAUCCAGAUUCGGACAUGAGGGGGUACAUAAUGGGCAAAGUUGGCCCUUUCCAAGCCGGGUCCCUGCAGCUCUACCGACCAACCCCCAGUGAGGAGGACAGUGAGGGGGAGGCAGAGGUGGAGAGGCCUCCCCGGGUGGAGGGUUGGGCGUUGGGCCUGCAGGACAUGGAGAGACCCCUGGGCCUAGAAAUGGACAGAGAAGGAGAGGACAGAGAGAAGGAAAGAGGGAGGGUGAACCUGAGCCUCCUGGAGCAGGCCAUGACGCUGCAGUCAGAGCAGAGGCAGGUCCUCCACAAUGCCUACAGGGAGAUGGACAGGUUUCUGCUGGAGCAGAUGACCAACGACAGGCGGCAUCAGCGGCUACUGGAUAUGGAGUCCAGGGUGGUGUAUCAUGGAUGUAAAGACUCUCCACGGCCCGACAAGAAGGAUAUUCGGUGUCCCACACCUGGCUGUGAUGGUACUGGGCAUGUCACUGGUCUAUAUCCCCACCACCGGAGUUUGUCUGGGUGUCCCCACAAAGUCAGAGUUCCCCCAGAGAUCCUGGCCAUGCAUGAAAACGUCCUCAAGUGUCCUACUCCCGGGUGCACAGGAAGGGGCCAUGUAAACAGCAACCGUAGCACCCACCGGAGUCUCUCAGGCUGCCCCAUCGCCGCUGCAGUCAAAGUCUCCAAACCUCAAGAGGAGAGCCCCAAAUGCAGGCAAGCACACGACCGAUUGUCCAGUAGCCACUUUCUUCAUCAAAUCCAACAACAACCCCUCGUCUUCUUGGAUUCUUCUCCAACCAGACCUCUCGCCCCCCUCAUGAAGAAGCUGGAGUUCAAUCAGUACAACUACAGGUUCGCUCAUCACCAUCCUGUCACCGCCGCUUUGCAAGCCAACCUCACUAAGGACAUGGACAAGUACAGCAAGAUCCGCUUUGAUUACGCCAGCUUUGAUGCACAGGUCUUCGGCAAGCAACCUCUGAUGGCACCCAACCAGGACCAAGAAAUCUCUUCUUCACACUUCCCUGACUCCACUCUCCAGUACACUGGCUUCCUGGGAGCCCCCAGCAACCGUCUGCCCACGCCUGGCCCCGGGCACCACAGCCCACCCAGCCUUUAUAAAUCUGGAGGUGAGGGGCUCCAAGCCACCGCAGCCACCACCGCCAUCCUCAACCUCUCCACCCGCUACCGAAACAACAUGGAGGCCAUCUCCAUCUCCGACCGGCCCCUGGCAUCCUCCACAAAGGAUAUGCCCAUAGAAGUGGAUGAGAACGGCACUCUGGACCUGAGUAUGAAGAAGAGUAGGGAGGUGAAAGCCCCAUCCAAGGUGCCUUUGGGGGACGCUGCCCUGUCCCCUCCUGAGUCCACUCUGCCCAAGCCGCCCAGCAGUGUGCACAUCAGCCCUGCCUUCUACCAGAUCCUAUGUGAGAGAGAGGCCUGGGAAUCACCCCUUCAUUUCAGCAAAGCCCAACAAAUGAUGCAAGACAGAGAGCAGGAGGAUUUUGACAAUGCUUCUCUGGAGGACCAGAGCUACUCCGGAGAUGCAAGCAUGUUCAGCCCCAAGACCAAGAUGCUCUUAAGAGAUGCUAAGAAAGAGCUUAUGAGCUGUCCUACCCCCGGCUGUGACGGAAGUGGCCAUGUUACAGGGAAUUAUGCGUCACAUCGGAGUGUAUCUGGGUGCCCCCUGGCUGACAAGACUCUCAAAUCGCUGAUGGCAGCCAACUCUCAGGAACUAAAGUGCCCAACACCUGGUUGUGAUGGAUCUGGACACGUGACUGGGAAUUAUGCUUCACACAGAAGUUUGUCAGGAUGUCCACGUGCCAGAAAGGGAGGUUUGAAGCUUACACCAAACAAAGAUGAAAAAGAUGACCAAGAAAUGAAGUGUCCAGUGAUGGGCUGUGAUGGCCAGGGCCACACCUCGGGGAAGUACACAUCUCACCGCAGUGAGGGCAGCUGCCCUCUGGCUGCCAAGAGGCAGAAAGAGUCAUCCAUCAAUGGCCUCCCCUUCCCCUGGAAUAAGGCGUGCAAACAGGAACUGCCCCACUGUCCCCUGCCUGGCUGCAAUGGCCUUGGACAUGCCAAUAAUGUGUUUGUCACCCACAGAAGUUUGUCUGGGUGCCCACUUAAUGCUCAGAGUAUCAAGAAAAAGAUUACAGGAGAGGAGAUGAUGACUAUUAAACUAAAAGCCAGUAGCGGAGUCGACAAUACUGAUGACAUGCAACACUUGGAUCACGAAAUCAAGGAAUUGAAUGAAUCCAAUCUGAAAAUUGAAGCUGACAUGAUGCAACUGCAGACACAGCAGAUAUCGUCGAUGGAAUGCAACCUGAAGACAAUUGAGGAGGAGAACAAGAUGAUAGAACAGCACAACGACAGCCUUCUGAAAGAGUUAGCUCGACUCAGCCAAGCUCUCAUCAACAGUCUCACAGACAUCCAAUUGCCUCAAAUGGGUCCCAUCAGCGAGCAUAAUUUUGAAGCCUAUGUGAACACAUUAACAGAUAUGUACAACAAUUCGGAACACGACUACUCUCCCGAGUGUAAGGCUCUCUUGGAUAAUAUCAAACAGGCUAUAAAGGGAAUCCACGUUUAAGCUGUCAAGCCACCAAGAGUAGAUGUCUUUGAGUUGGGAUAAUGGCACUGGAUGGCUGUGUUUUUCCUGGAGAGUGCAGUGCUGGCUUAGUUGCAUGUAUAAGACAAGGCUUUGGGGAAUGUGCCCAAAUUUCACCGUUGAAUGCAAUGCACUGAGACAAUUACCAGCCGAAAAUAAUUUGUAAUGUUUUUUAACGCUUCUGUAUUCUCUUGACAUGUUACUUCUGGUGAGAUUUCUACCCCCCUUGCACUUAAUUAUUUUGUAUGGUUUGCUUGAUUUUAAACCUGUAUUUGUAAUUUUUUUGUCAUAUUAUUGCUAUUUAUUAUCUUUAUUCAUCAAUGUAUUUAUUUCCACACAUUUUUAUUUAUUUCUAUGAUUGUAAUGCUAAAUAUUUAAAAUCCUAAUUCAGCACAUUGUAUAUUACAUUAAAGCACAUUCCAGUCUCAAUCAUAGCUGUCUUUCGCCAUCUAGUGGUGGUUUAUUUAUAUAUCAGAUAAUGUCAUAAAACAAUUUGGAUCUACCCAUGAAGGUUGAGAACUCCACCAGAAUAAUCCAGAAUCUACAUUUUUGUAAUUGUUGCUUUUUCUUCUAUUUAUUAUUCAAUCCUGAAUGUAUGGUAAAAACAAAAUGAAGACGAAAGAUCAAAAAUGCAAUGCUACUGUACUGUACAUCUUUUAAUUAAUUCAACAAUACGUUAAAAGUUGAUGGCAAUCAGGGAGUUGCUUUCAGCUUUUAGCAAAAUGCAACAUUGUUUCAUUUCAUUCAAUGAACAGAAUGUCAGAUUCAACUUUGAGUGUGUUGCUAGAACAGAGCAACGGACAGCACUAAGAAAAUGGAUAAAUCCACUUUGACAAGAUGUUGUCUUUCUUUUUCUUAAAUUAUAUUGAUAUUAAACUGCCUUCUGUGCACACGUUGUGUGUGCAUAUAUGUGCCUACAUGUAAAUGAAUACAUAAAAUAUACAGUACUCUGUUUUGUGGUAGGACAGUAUUAUGUGAAUGGUGUCUAAUUUAUUCUAUACAGUACACUUAUUUUCAAAGGAUAAAAUGACUGUUUAUAUACCAUUUAAAAUAUUUAAGCAUUGUCUCGGUAGCUGUUAUCUCAAAGUCAGGUUUUGGAGUAUCACAGGUUAAGAAGUGUUAGUGCUUUUUUACAUUUGACAUAUUAUCAAAAUGGAAAACAAUAGGUGAUGAAAAAUGUAACACCAUUACAAACAUUUACUCAGAUUCCUACUAUUAUAUGAAACCUUUUACAUACAUAAAUGUAUGCUCAUUAAUACUUUAAAGGUGGAAGUGGCAUUUCAGUUUAUGUAGUUAAUAUAUCUCCCUAAAGGGACUUGGUGGCGGAAAUAUCAAUGCCAGUACUUUAGGGCCAGAUUCAAUAAGCAUUUGCACCUUGGUACAUGUAAAUCAAGUUCUAAUAGAUGACUGUCAAUUAUUUUGAUUUUCAGUACAUCACUAUUACCUGAAGCAAAAAGGGACAAACAAACAAGGAUAUUGCUAGAUAUUAAUAUUGCUCUUAAUUGUUUGUUUUCAAUUGUUUGUCAUAUUUCUUAUUAAACUGACAUGUGAAUCAGUUGCACUUUUUCUUUUGUAUUUCAGAUGAGUUCUAUUGCCCUGGGGUUCCAGAGAAUUAAACUUAAUUUUCUAGUGAGCACUAAUGUCAUAGUACAAUGUUAUUAUUUAGAGGUUUGCAUGGGUUGAUUGUCCUAUCAAGUUAAAUGCAUUUAGUUUGACUUGGCCAACUACACAUUUGAGGAGAAAUUUGAAAUGAAUACAUAUCUGCAAAACAUAGCCAAAUUAAAAACACAUGUUGAGGAACAUACUUUAAUACAAUACUCAACACAGUAUAAAUCAUUUAAAUAUUUAAAAUGUAUUAAUUGAACAUUUUGUUUAACUUAAUUAUUGUUAAUUUAUUUAUAAUUCAUGAAUAUAACACACACAUUGUUUGCUCAGGAAGUUUAGUGAAGAAUAUUUAUUUUGCCCUGAUAGUAUUUGAUGUUUUGUAAUGUGAACUGGAUUUUUGUGGAAUGAUAUCAGUAUGAUGAAAAUGUGUUUUUUCCUUUUUCAUUAAAAUGUUAUGCUUUUUCGGUUGAAGUAGUUUGUAAAUGGAAAGUUCCGAUUACUUUUACUAUUUCAUAAGCAGAUAUGCGCUGUGUUGUACAGUUUGUGUAUGGUAGAAAUAAAACUUUUUAAAUGGUUGUGCGAUU